ACUAGUAGGUGGUGGAGGAGGAAAGCUCUCAUUAAUUCAGAAUGAAUAUUGACCAGGCUGGUGUUCGGUUUCUUUGUGUCUGCACCAAGUAUAAUCAUGGGCAGCCUCACGAAGUCUCAUACAUGUCCUGGUACUGCCAUCUCAAUGAAGCAACCACCGAGGAAGAAAAGGAGAAGAUGCAAACUGCAAAAGCAUUUGGUUUGGGGGCACUAACUGUUUCAGAUCCUCCUGCACAAGCCUCAGGCAGUUCUGGACACCCAGUGCCUAGUACUGAUGGCUUGAAGG